CGGCAAGUUUGAAUUCUCUCCAGUAUUAUUGUGUGGGAGACAUGGCCACUGAGUCCCUGAGUUUGUUAGAGAGGAUCUCAUCCCGCCUGGGGCCCAUGGACAGGGUAAGAGAGGUAGGGUGUUAAAAGCUGGAGGCUUCAGGGAUUGUCCUCCCUGAACUAGAUCAUUAAUAGUGAAUAACCCCCCUUAAUAAUAACUAGAUCAUUAAUAGUGAAUAACCCCCCUUAAUAAUAACUAGAUCAUUAAUAGUGAAUAACCCCCUUAAUAAUAAUAACUAGAUCAUUAAUAGUGAAUAACCCCCCUUAAUAAUAACUAGAUCAUUAAUAGUGAAUAAACCCCUUAAUAAUAAUAACUAGAUCAUUAAUAGUGAAUAAACCCCUUAAUAAUAAUAACUAGAUCGUUAAUAGUGAAUAAACCCCCUUAAUAAUAAUAACUAGAUCAUUAAUAGUGAAUAACCCCCUUAAUAAUAAUAACUAGAUCAUUAAUAGUGAAUAAACCCCUUAAUAAUAAUUAGAUCAUUAAUAGUGAAUAAACCCCUUAAUAAUAACUAGAUCAUUAAUAGUGAAUAAACCCCUUAAUAAUAAUAACUAGAUCAUUAAUAGUGAAUAGACCCCCUCCCCCCCUUAGUAUGUGUACACUGAAUAUGUGUUUAAUUGAAAUUCACCCUGGACACCUAUAUCUGUCUCUUGGUAUUGGGUAAAGCCUGAUCAUUUUUGCAUUGUGCGUUAAAAAAUUAAAUGUAAAAUUGUAAUUAAUAAUUGUUUUUACAGAAAACAAAGCAGACCAAUUUUAAGACUGGGGGCUCACCGAGUCUAGAUUGUGAUGAAGCUGACAGCCCAACACUACCGCCCUGUGUCCAAGAACUACUACUGUCCGAUUCAGACACUGAAAUUGCACCGGUGGAUGGUGAGACCGAAUAACAUGUUGUGAAAUGUUUGCAUUUUUUGAAUAACAAUGCUACACCUUGAUGGCCAAACAUUUUACUAUUUACCGGUGAUGUGCUCUAUGUCCGGCUGUUUGUAGAAGCAGUAUUCUUCGAAUUGCAAUCCUCUCAAGCAUUGUGAAGUAUGUCAGAGAUAGGAGAGCUGCUCUGGCAUUGUGCCCAAUGUACCCAAAUAAACACAGAAUGUUUAAAAAGUACCGUGAGCAUGGUGAAUAAAGUUGCGACAGCUGAAGUUGUUCUUUUAAAGCCAUUGUGGUUUUGUUUAUCCCGUGUUAAUGUAAAAUAUAAAAAGAGAACGAUUGCAUUAAAUGACUAGAACAUUUGUAUAUAAAAAACAUUAUUCUCCAUUUCUCCAAAACAGUGAUCGUAAGAUGUCCUAGAGUUUUUUUCACAUGUAUAAAUAUGUACAUAGGAACCCUGUUGAGUAUGGUUUGAUAAUGAUCUCAGGAUCCAGGUUACUAUUCACCAAAGUUUAAAUGCAAAAAAAAUCAUAAAACCUUUUUAUUUAUUUAUUUAUUUUUAAAUCAUCAUUCUAAACUUGGAUAGCAAUGAUAGGCUGGGUGGAGCAGGUACGUGUGGUGGUUAGGUGUCUAAUCAAGGUGAUCAUUGCGAGAAGCAGCAGGUUUAAGGCUGGGUACAGCAGUGAACAACACUUGGACAUUAGUAAGGUUCCAACAGGCAUUACAAAGUGUGAGUACAUAGGGACAUGUCCUGUCAUGUUUUCACCAAAUUGUGUGGAUACUGGACUAAGGGAGCACAGAUUCUUCUAGAUUAUAUAUUAUUGUAAUCUGUCUCUUUGUUUCCCUUUUCUUUUAGAUUACAUUCGCAGUUUUGGUAAUCUGAACCUCAAGUCUGCUCGGGAGAAGACAAGGUGACAAUUUAAGGGUUUAUUCACUAACCGGGUUAUUUAAAAAAAAAAGUGAGAAUUUAAAGUGAAUUUAAGGCCAAAGUAGCCAAACUGAAAGCACAGCUGAUUUAGAGAAUUCUUCCAGUUUGGCUAUUUUGACCUUAAAUUUGAAAUCCACGUUGAAUUCUAAUUUCAGUAAAUGAAAUUAAAUUAGACUUGCUGGAAAUGCAAAGUGCAUUUUGAAAUUUAGCACAAAAAAGCUGGAUUAGAAAAAUGUGUCCAAGUCAGUUCUGUUUUCAUUUCAUUUGUUCUGGCCUUAAAUUCACUUUAUAUGUGUGUAUUUUAAUUGAAAGCUUCUUUUUAAUAAAAAUCAAGAUUAUUCUUUAUUUUUCUUAUCUCUAUAAAGCUAUCAGUCUGUCAAAAUUGGUUUCUAUCCCCUGCCACACAGUUACUGUAAAUGAAUGUAGCAAUAGAACAAUUUAUUUAAUUUAAUCACUGCUCAGUUAACACCAGUGGUAUCAUGGUAGCCUAGAGCGGUGAUGGGAAAACUGCGGCAUCUCAUGAAUUUGUUUUUGCCCAAAUAUUUCAAAUGUGGAUACUAGCAGGAUUAUUUACAAAAGUGACAACCAUUAGGAUUGCAGAGUGAAUUUUAAAUGUUAAAGGACCACUAUAGGCACCCAGACCACUUCAGCUCAAUGAAGUGGUCUGAGUGCCAGGUCCCUCUAGUUUUAACCCUGCAGCUGAAAACAUUGCAGUUUCAGAGAAACUGCUAUGUUUACACUGACGGUUAAUCCAGCCUCUUGUGGCUGUCUCACUGACAGCCACUAGAGGUGCUUCCGCGAUUCUCACUGUGAAAAUCACAGAGAGAAGAAUCUGACGUCCAUAGGAAAGCAUUGAGUAAUGCUUUCCUAUGGGGCGCUUUGAAUGCGCGUUGGCAGGAGGAGAGUCCCCCAGUGCCGAGGGAGCCCGGCACUGGAGAUAGGUAAGUGGCUAAAGGGUUUUUUACCCUUUCAGCCCAACGGGAGGAGGUCCAUGAGGGUGGGGGGAAUCUAAGGGCUACAUAGUGCCAGGAAAAAAGAGUUUGUUUUCCUGGCACUAUAGUGGUCCUUUAAGACUGGGAAAAUUCUCAGCUGUGCUUCCAGUUUAGCUACUUUGGCCGUAAAUUGUAAUUCAAAAUUCAUGAUUGAUUUUAUUUAUCUCUGUUUGCAGGUCCCCUGUAAGAAUAUUGGAAUCCAGUGAUGAUGACUUUGAAAAUUGUAAGUCAGAAUUUUCCCCAAUAUACGGAUGUAUAUGGAUUAUUUGGAUGUAUAAAUUGUCGUUUGUUUCUGACAUUUGGAGACAUUUAAAAAAAAAUUUCAAAUCCUAUUUUGGCAGAGAAUCUAGAAGUAUUUACUCUAAGCAUUAUGACCCAAUAUUAUAGAUUCUUUAAAAGGUGAUUUGUAAAGCCAUAAAAGCUAUACGUUGUCUACAUUUAUUUGAGAUACAAGCCAUGUUUUCCCGCACGUGCAUGUGCAUGACGAACGUACUGAUUACAUUGGCUAUUGGUUGGGGGCUUUUUCUCUUGGUGGCUUAGUCUCCAAUGUCACUCAUUGAGUUCCAUGUUUUGAGUAAAUGGAUCCAAAAUGUUUAUUGGCAGUCUAAGAAUAAUAAUGACCUAUUUACAUUGGAUAAAAAAUAAAUAUAAAAUGAUUGACAGCUAUUGAAACCUCUGAAGUUGACAUGGAUGUGGCGUGGGUGUCCAAAAAAACCGCCUGGAUUAGUUUGUUUAAACUACAAUUCAAUUCUGGGCAUUUAAGGUUUACUAACUGAGUAUCUCUGGGGAUGGUAUUUUGCUAGUUGGACUUCCAGCAGAUUAGUGCGGGUCCAACAUGCCCUUUUACUAACUCUGCUUGACAUUUUACCAACCACUCCCUAUCACUAUGGGGUUUUAUGAUUACUUCCAACAAUACUUUCUGACUUGAUGCUGUUAUUGUUCUCAAAGUUCCAAUCACUUGUCAAGUUUUCACAACCUUAAACGGACACUCCAGAUCCCUAAAGCACUUCAGCGUCCUGAAAUGCCUUAAGUGUGAACAGUGUUUUUCUCUUUUUCUAAUUUUACAAAACAUUCACGUUUCAGUAGAAAUUGUCCUGUUACUUCCUGGUUUGUUUAGCUCAGUGGAGCUAAACUCAAGAGGCAGCAAUUGCCCAGAGCGCCUGCCUUGCAAAGACUUCUCAUUGAGCUGCAUUGGGAAGUCUGUGAUUGGACAGCCACAGAAAGUCUGGGCGGGAUUAGAAGGGGAGGGUUUGCGAUUCAGAUGGGAUCUACACCUUUUGCAUGCAAGCUUGGUUUUUUCCUUUAGGGUAUAUCUAAAGAGGGAUUUAACAAAUGUAUUUUUUGUGUGUGUGGGCAGUGGAGCGUCCCUUUAACUUGCACCACUUGGCAAUAGUGAUUAUCACAAAGUCUGGAAGAUACGGGAAGACUUUUAAGAAUUGCUUAGAUUCAGUAUGAUCUACAAACCAGUCUUGUUAAAGUAAUACGCCAUUGAUAUAUUUUUUUAUAUUGUAUUUUAUAUAGUUUUAAUAUGUAUAUUUGUAUUUUGUCCUCUAAUUUACUGUUGUUUUUUUUUUAUCUCUUAAUAUAGUUUUGGUAAAGCUGAAAACUCCAAAGCCACGCACCUCUAAAAAACCUUCAAACAAUCAGACUGGAAGGUAGGUAGCAAUCUCCACACUGCCAUAACAAUGUACACUGUUUAAUGUAUAUUUUAUCUGUUGGUUAUACCGAGUUAACAAAAAACAGAAAAAAACAAACACUUGUGCCAUUUGCAAAUUCCUCUUUUUCGCGUCCAUUUCCUUUCUGUGAAUUAUUCCCCACUAGAUCCUUCACCAUUUGGAUUUUUGCCACAACUUCCUCAUCCAUUAUCUAUGUUUCGUGAGCCCCGACCACUAAAAUAUAUAUAUCACACUUCAACGUGUGUUUAGAGAAUACUACAGAUAUAGUCCUGGUUAUAAUGUUUAGAUUGCUUUUCGUGGUUUUUUUUUUUGGUUUUUUUUUUUAUAACUACAGUAUAACUACAGUAUAACAGUAUUAAUUUGGAUUCCUUCCAAUGCAUUCAAUUUCACAUCGUUGUGGCUGUGUGAUUGUUAAAACCUAUUCACCCAGCUGGACCUGUAGAUAAUGAUGCUCUCAUUAAUCUCACUCACUACCGUACCAUUGCCCAGCACCAUUUCCCUAGUACCUUGAAAUAAAACCCAAAUGUUUGUUUAAUUUGUACUAUUUCUGUGCUUGUUUAUGCUGUUCCUGUGAUAAUGGCUAUAAACCGUUGACCUGUCCUUUCUCUGAUGCCCUUAAUGUGAUAUUGAUACCAAUUUUAUAUCUCAGCUUUGCAGUAAAGAAUUCUCGAGGUUUAAUAAUGUUUGUAUGUGUUUUAAUUGCUUUUUAGAAAAGUAAGCAGUUUUCUUUUUCUUUCUUUAGUGUAAAAGAGUUUAUUAUAGAUUCUGAUGAAGACGAUUUUACCUCAUUCUUCCCCAAAAAUCAAAAAGGCACAAAAAGUGUAACUGGUAAGUGAUAGUCGAGAAACAACGGUAUAAAACAUUAGCUGCAUUAUUAUCAUACAAGAGGUAGAAGGCAUUUUAACCUCUAAACAGGAACUAUCCCUUCCAAUGAAGUUCAAUUAAUACAGUGGAACCUCGGAAAUGGAACGCUCCCUUACCUGAACAAUUCGGUAUUCAAACAUAAAAUUAGAUAAAAAUGUCUUGGUACCCGAACAAAACUCGGUAUUAGAACACAAUCACACAGCAUUAACCUCGUUGGAACCUCGUUGUUAUGACACAUUGGCCUCCUAGCACUAGACAAAGCGAACAGAGCUGACGGGUAUAGUGAAGUUACAUUUUCAUUUCAUUUACAUUGUUUAUUGUUUUUCUUUAUAAUAUUAUGCAUGGAUGGUACUGUACAAUUAGUGUUAAAAUGCUGUAAUUUUGGGGGUCUGGAACGGAUUCAUCUAAUUUACAUGAAUUCAUAUGGAAGAUUUUGAUUUCACUUUUCAAACAAAUCCGUUCUCAAACAGCCUUCUGGAACGGAUUAGGUUAGAGUGUGUCUUUGCUUUUUUAUCUGGCAGCGUGGCACACGUGCAUGCUGCAAGCGUAUAACACUAUGAGAGUUAACUAAAUUACACACUUUGCCUGACAUAGAAUGGACAUGGAAAUGGAAUAUAAAUAAAAAUAAAGUUACAACUAAUUACUAACUUUUAGCUUUGGGUUGUGCAAAAAGACAUUGUUGUUUUGUACGGUUGCUACUGUUGUAUUGCAAUGAUUACUCCCCUUUUAAUUCAUAGCAACCAAGAAAUCUCAUGGUGAAUUAUCUCGGACCCCACACACCAGCCGGCUGCCCUCUGCAAGCAUCUCUCCAGUGUUUAUCAGUGAUAGUGAUGAAGAAGAUUCAGUUGUCAUAAAAAGCACAUGGCGUGACAGACAUAAAGGAAAGUCGAGUAAUCCUAAAUUUGGUAACGACCAGAAACAGAACUCUAAAGGCAACUUUUUUCAAGAAUCUCCUUCAAAAAAUAACAAAGAGAACUCUCUCGCAUCAUAUAAUAAGUGGUCGUUGGAAGGAAGAGAUGCUGGGGGAAAAGGAGGAGGAGGAAUACCCAAAUUCCAUUCUUCUAGUUCUGAUGAGGAGUUUGAAUCCCUGGUGGAACGUAUCAAGAAUCGAACCAAGAACCAGACACCAAGUUCGACAGUAACUAAAGCCGUGUUCCACCAUCCACCUGCAACAGGUUGGGUUAUUCUUUUGCUUUCUAUAUUUCAAAUAUUUAGAGUGGAAUUAUGACUUUUGUGUAUGUGUGCGUUUUUUGUCCACUAUAAACGUAUCGUAAAGUCUAAAACAAAAGUCCUAUCGCUAUAUUUUUUUUAUACCUAGUGUUCUUGAUAAAGCAGAUCAAUUUUAGUUAUUUUGGUCCUUACUAAAAAAAAUGGGCCGAUCCUGGCAUGAAUUCUGCCCACAGUCUUCUAAUUAGCAUUGCUAAGCCCCAAUAUCUAAUUAAUGUGCAUGUUAAUAUCUAAACUUCACUGCUGGAUCAGGAGAUUAAAACAUAUUAGGCUUAUGUAUUCAGCCUGUUGAUCCUGAGGGCAGUCACUCUCACUAUCCCAACUGCUUUUAUAAGGUGUCCACCUGCACUAUAUGCCCAACAUGCACCCAGAGAUGCCGAGGGGGUCAGGGGAACAUUUUACUAUUUGGUUCCCUCUCUCACACACUGCGCUCCAGUGCUGGGUUAUAAGUGAUGUCCUAUCCCAGCACAGUCUCUCUGAGAAGUGAGCAAUGAAAUUUGUAAAGAUGAGCCCCCUCGCUGCAUGCUGGCAGUAGAAAGCGAGAGGGGGUGCACGGUAAACAGAGCAUCACAGGGCUCCUUGCUGGUAAAACAUUACAGAGCGAUAUUGCUUUGGAACCCUUGAUAUUCUCAUACACAGUGCAAAUUAGUUUAAUUGCUAUGGAACUCUGUCAAACGUGUAUUUGCAUAGCACAUUACUGUGCAUUAUAUUGCUCUGGAGCUCUGUGCUAAAUGUAUACAUGCUGAAAGUUGCUGUGAGUUUUAUUGCUGUGAAGCUCUGUUCAUUCCCACACCACACAAUACUGUGAGUUUUAUUGCUCAUGUGAUAUACCCUUUUACCUUUCAAAUUACAGUGGAGCUCUGAAUUGUGCUGCUGUUGAGCUCUUUGAUACACACAGCAGAUUUUUAUGUUUAUAUAUAAGAAACGAUCGUGAUGGAAUAGCAAAAGACUAGGAUAACCACAUGGAAUAAAGCAUGAAGAAAGAAGAAUAAUGUGAGAGUUGAGAUUAUUCUAUAUAUUAUGAUACACACAUACAUGGCAAACCAUCAGUAGACCUUUAACUUGAAUUGGAACUUCAGCCUUGUGAGGCCCCUGAGAAGCCAGGACAGCAGCAUCUCCUGUGACCACUGCUCGUGUUCCUGUAUAAUUGGAUGUUUUACUCUCUGUAUUUUCAUUUUUAUCAGAUUACAUUAUUGCUUCUUUUUGUCACAGAGCCAGCCAAGGUUCCUUGCAUUGACUUGACAAACCGAUCAGAGAAUGUUAAAGUGCAGAGACCAAAGUCGUUCACGGGCGCUCCGUCCUCCAGUCCUUAUUUCCCACCAGAGAAAACUGAUAAAGGAAGCCUGCCAUCUGUGGAGAAGCCGCGUUCCAGUAGUGUGUAUGUAAUAAUGCUCCUUUAAAAGUCACUGUUUAACGGAUUUAAUCUCUAUACAAAUACUGAAAUUUGUACUUGCACAUUUUAAUUUGUCAAUCUUUCUUUUAUUGAGGCCUUCAAAGUUACGGUACAGAAAGAAAUUGAGUUUUUUUGGGGGGAUAACUGGCUUUGAGUAAACAGGCAUAAUAGAAACAUAGGCACACUAAUCAUACAUGUCUAAACUAAGUCCACGGCAUUCAAGUGCACUGUAUAAUUUUAUCAUUCAUAAUCAGCAGGAAUCCGGCUAAAAUACGCUUAUCUAGCUAACAGGUUUGGUGUAGCAUUAACCUAAGCUGCUUAGAUAGAAUGCUCUGCUGGACAUGUGAGGCUCAGUUUAAUGACACGAGCGUUAAUCUGUAAACUGUGAGUUACUGCCAAAGUUGUAUGCAUGUUAAGAAGUUUAGCUUUAUGAUUACGCAAUGCAAUACUAUCUGAAAUGAGCAUGUUAUAUGCUAUACAUACAAGUAAAAGAAAACAGGCUUUAACAAAAUAUUUAGAGUCAAUGAUUGCCGAGAGCCAGGGUGAUGCAUCUCCCUGAGAGAAGGCGGCAUGCAGCUUCAUUGUGCCAAGUCUUCGGCUUGUCUCUCACCCCGCUGGCUGGCUUGCUUUCACCCAAUACCUAUGGUGACCAUCUGAGUCAAGUAUGGAGACAGUUCCCGGGUAGUCCAAGCUAGGCCGCUCCGCCAGCCCCAGGCCGUCUCAAGAUACUUGCACAUUUUAGUGCUUAAUAAGUUCAGAUGAAACUUUUAUGUACAGUUUGUCACAUUUAGGGAUGUUGCAAAUUAGACCUAAAAUUUAAAGGGAUCUACACUGUACAAAUUUAAUAAAGUUAAAAUCACCGUUUAGUAGAUAUAACUCCAUUGAAAACUUAGAUGCAUUUAAUUAUGCAUUUUUUUUCCAUUGUGGGCAUAUUUAAAAACCGCUUGCCUUUGCUAUCCCUCCGCUUCUAAUCCCGCCCAGACUUUCUGUGGCUGUCCAAUCACAGACUUCCCAAUGCAGCUCAAUGAGAAGGCAUGUGUUUCUAUAUUGAUUGGUAAAGUGAUGGCGGCUGAAACUUGUUUAUGUGUAAAUGUGUCAUUAUCAAUAGGUAGGCUUUUAAUCACCAACGUGGUUUUUUUUAUCUCCUUCCUUUUUGCAGGAAAGCUUCAUGUAAGGUAGCAGACUGUUUUCUUCAAGAGCUCUCGUGUCCAAAUUCAUUAUAUGCGAAAAGCUUCAAGCAAAAGAAAGAGCAGUUGAUGGCGAGGUUAUAUACUCUGUAUAACAGCACUAUUUUUGACGAGAAGGUGAGUUUGAUAAAUAGUCUGUCAUUUUAUCUAGUUUUCAAUGUUGAGGAUGACUGUGUCCCUUUCAUAAUCUCUAUAUGUUCCACCAAAGUCUCCUCUAGAUUACUCACUUACUUCAACAGCGCAUUGUGCUAGUAAAACAACGAGAAAAGUUAUUCUGCUUAUAGUUUUCUAAAAAUAAGAAAAGCACUUACACCAAAACACAAAACGAGGAAUUGGAUUGCUGCAACAAACUUACCACGUCCCCAGUGUAACAUUAAAGGAGCACGAUAGUGCCAGGAAAACAAACUCGUUUUCCUGGCACAAUAGGGUCCAUUAGGUCUCCCGCUGGGCUGAAGGGGUUAAAACCUCUUCAGCCAGUUAUCUUUCUCCAGGGCUGGGGAACUCUCCUUCUCCUGCCGACGUCAGCGCCGAAUGUGCCUGCGCGGCAAGAGCUGCGCGCGCAUUCAAACCGCCCAUAGGAAAACUUUACUCAAUGUUUUUCCUAUGGACGUCAGCGUCUUCUCACUGUGAUUUUCACAGUGAGAAUCGCGGAAGCGCCUCUAGCGGCUGUCAGUGAGACAGCCACUAGAGGCUGGAUUAACCCUCAGUGUAAACAUAGCAGUUUCUCUGAAACUGCUAUGUUUUCCGCUGCAGGGUUAACCCUAGAUGGACCUGGCACCCAGACCACUUCAUUGAGCUGAAGUGGUCUGGGUGCCUAUAGUGGCCCUUUAAACCAAAACUCAUUUGAUGUUUAACUAUAACUUUGGUCAAAAGAAUUGUACUCAGGGGUGCAAGCAUUCAGGUAGAGAACGGACUGAUAGAUUGUAGCCUGUGCUUCUCCUACUGCACCACUACAGAAAAAAUUAGCACCUAUCAGAACAGAUGAUCUAAAAUUAGGGAAAUCCAUCAUACUGCCGUAAAAAAAAUCACUGGAAUCGGAGAAGCACCUUCAAUUUUUUUCUCUUUUAUCAGAGUUAUAAUCAAUAAGAAGUGGUGCGAUGUUUAGGUGAUCAGAAUAUAGUCAAAUCCAAUAUAAUAGCUGGUAAACUUAUGUUAAAAUUACAAUUUUAUUCAGACAAAAAGUUUAAAAGAUCUUGAUAGAAGUGUAAAUUAACUAUCACAAAACAAAGUGCAAACAUGCUGCCGCUUACAAGAUAAAGUGGUGAGUAUGACGGUACAUGUACCCGUUAUUCACAGCCACGCUCCGUGACAAUGGGGGUUACCCAUGUGGAUCUGAAGUCUCUGCAGCUUCCGUCUGGUGACGUGACGCAAUACGCAUCGAGGUGGGCGGAGCUGAGUUUUGACUGGGUAAUACAAACGGCACUCGAGCAGCUAAUAUCGCAACUCCACCAGACGGAAGCGCUGCGAUAUAUAUAUUCAAUUUUUUUGCUGCAAUCUCUUUUAUCAGAGUGCUCUUUCUGUUUCUUUAUACUAGUUUUUGAUUUUAUAUAAGAUCAGCAGUUGCCUUUUGUAUUGUGUUUCAGUUGCCAGUGAACAUGGAAAUAAUAUGGAAUAAAAAGAUGCGUAAAACUGCUGGUUACUGUGUAACGGGGCAGAAGAAAAUCCCUGCUUUACAUCGCUAUGCCAGGAUUGAGCUGUCGGAGAAAGUUUGUGAUUCUGCGGGUAAGCGACCUACCUGUUGUGUCUGUUGCUUGGGGAAAAAAAUAAAAAGUAUACUAUAAUUUAAAUUACUUACAUUUAAGAGUUUUUCUUAUCGCAAAGUUGAAUGUUUUAAGGGGCUUCUGAUUUCUAUUCUUGAUCAGAUCGACUUCGAGACACUUUAAUCCAUGAAAUAUGUCAUGCGGCCACCUGGCUGAUAAACGGAGUCAGAGAUGGACAUGGACAAUUUUGGAGAUUUUACGCGCGGAAAGCCACACUUAUUCAUCCAGAGCUGCCCAUGGUUACCCGAUGUCACUCUUAUGAAAUAAACUACAAGUAUACUUAUGAGUGUUCUCGCUGCAAAAAUACGUGAGUGUUUCUUUCUUUAUUUUUCAUUAUUACCCUUUAACUUUGUAUAAUCGUCUAAUGGAAACUGGUAUGCUAAGAAAGGGUAAGAAAGGAAACUGCAUAAAAUAGGGAGCUUUUCAAAGAAUUUCCUCAAAUAUCUAAAAAAAAUCCACAUAUUGGCAUUUUCUGUAGGUUAAAAAAGCAAAGUUAAAAAGUAACAAUUUAGCAGAUAUACCCGUAUCCCAUUGCUUUGGGAGUAUAUGAAAUAAUAACUCACAAUAGCUGCAGAUCCAGUGCCUGCAGCUACUUCAAGCCCUCCCCUUCUUCUCCAGACAUUCUGUUUCUGUCCAAUCACAGACUUCUCAAUGAGUCGCAUUAAAACUCAGAGAGGCCUUUACAAGGAAAGUGCUAUAGGCCAUGUCCUGCCUCUUGACUAUGGCUCCCCAGAGCAAAACUGCCAGGAAGUAACAGGUUUGUCUGUCUGACAACCGAGGAGGUGUAAUAAGGUUCAUAUAUAAGUGCCAAUUUCUACUGCUAACUGAUUUUAAGUCCUAAUGUUGCAAGUUUCAUUCUUAAAAAAACGUUUUGUUUAUUUUGUGUAUAUAUAUAUAUAUAUAUAUAUUUUUUUUUUUAUUUUUUUCUGAAGGAUCGGACGACAUUCCAAGUCUUUAGAUACAGAGAAGUUUGUCUGUGCCUUAUGUAAAGGGAAACUGGUCUUGAUGGGUUCUACACGAAAAGACGGCUCUCCUGCCUGCAGCCAACUCACUCCGUUCGCCAAGUUUGUCAAAGAGAAUUAUGGGUCUGCAAAGAAAGAAAUGGCUGGCAUGAGUCAUGCCGAAGUGAUGCGAAAACUCGGUGUUGAUUUUUCAACCAAAACCAAACUUGCAAACUGAAUCAGAUUUUGAAAACUAAAAUUUAUUGUCUUUAUUUUUCUUCUAUGGAGAGUUAGUGUUUUAUCAGUAAAAUAUUGCAAUUUUUGCAGAUGUUAUUUAUCUAAUAUUUUUUUGUGUGCUCUUAUGAAUGAAAAAAAUGAAUGAAUUGACCAACAUUACCAAGGGACAAUUUAAUGUCGGAUAUUUUGGUAAAAUAAUAGAAGUAAAUUCAGACUGCUAGACCUCCCGGUUUUAUGUGAAUAGCCAGGUAUACAUCGCAUUUUGUUUGCUUGUUGUCCACAACAGACAUUGUAUUCUAAGCACUCAGCUAAACGUGUUCUUCUAACUGGCAGCUGUAUCAAAUGCUGUUCCCAAUAAGUAUUUUUUAAUGAGUGCUACAUCACUGAAAGAGGAUUACUUGGACAGGGUCCUGUGCGGUUUACAUAGGAACAAAAGGUGCAUCCAGUGACCAUCACAAAAACCUUCUCCACCAAUUAAAGAGUUAAAUGUUUCAAAGUAGCUUAAAGGGAACGCUGUUGGUGAACGGCACUUUUUGGGUGAAUUUUAACAUGUUUAGCAUAAUUUUACUCUAACCUAUAGGCCUGUCACAUUGUCCCUUUAGAUUGGCCUGUUUUGAGGGCAGGAAAUACUUUAAUCUUAGGCUAAAAGAAAGUCCUGUUUGUAUAAUCAAUUUUAGAUUUUGUUUUACUUAUUAUUGUUAAUUACCUCUGUUUUUGUAUUUAAUUAUGCAUUGGGAAUUACGGGUCACACCUACCUCAUACAGCAUUUCCUGUUGUUGGGGACAGGCCAGGUGCAUGUUGGGAAAUGCUACACCGGAAAUCUCUUAAAAUGGUGAAUGAUACAAAUCCAUCACAAUGUAAUCUGGUAUUGACGGCCUUCUAGUGGAUAAUCUUUUUAUAUUUUUAUAUCGUUUGAGGUAAAUGUAUGAUGUGUCGAAGUAAAUAGUUAUAAUAAAAGUUUAAAAAUAAACUGAUCUUAAUCAUUUGGAGACUACGGACAUUCCAUGCUACCAUCACAAUCGGAGCCGUAAAACCCCCAUAUAUACACUGAAUGUCACCAAGGGUCAAUACUUCUUUUCCUUCUGCUUCUUAAAGAAUGUUGUUUGUUGCAUUUUCUACUUUCCUUUUAUAAAUAAAGAAUAUUUCUGAUACCAAA